AUUUCGGUAUGUUUCAUAAAACUCACGUUUUUUUAAAUUUCAAGGUUUUGGCGCUGUUUAAACACAAAGUUGCCACUUCCAGACGUAAAUUAGAUGGUCCGGUAACACCAUGUUAUCGAUUCUUAAAUAUUAUAUCGAAAGAAAAAAGAGGAAAAAAGAAACCAAAUUAGACAAUAUAUAAGUUAUCGAAUCACAGCCAAUAUAAAAUUCUAAAGUGAAACUCAAAAUACACACCCACACACCAACACACAAGAGGACUUUGAAAAACAUGACGGGAUCAUUCAGUGUGAAGCUCAAGUCCAAAAAAGGUCAAUUCAUUGUCAACGACCUUUGUGAGCAAACGACGCUAGGGGAGCUGAAAACGAAAAUCGUACAGGUCACACAGAUCCAAGCGCCUCAGUUGCACGUCCUUGUGGGCUACCCUCCCAAACCCCUUGACCUCUCACAGCAGCAGGAGCAGCGUGACCUCAAGGAGGUCGGUAUCAACAGCGGAGAGACGCUGAUUGUGGAGGAGAAGGCUGCCGUUGGAGCUGCACCCACUGCCGCACCCACUGCCACUGCCUUUGUGCCUGGUGGCUCUACCAUGGCCGAUGACGAAGCGCUGGCGCGUCGUUUGCAGGCCGAAGAGGAGGCCCAGCUGCUGGAGGCAACCGGAGGAGGAGUUCCCGCUCAACUAUCAGAUCUCCCAGUGGCGCCCACGGAAAGUGGCCCGAACGGCGACUUCAAUGGCAUCCUACUGAAAAAGGUGGUGCCAGCAGACAACUCGUGCCUCUUCACCAGCAUUCGAUUCGUCCUAAACGGCAAAGUGGACAACGAAGGCAGCGAGAUGAUGCGGCACAUCAUUGCCCAGGAAGUGGCAGCCGAUCCACAGAGCUACAAUGAUGCAGUUCUGGGCAAGUCCAAUGCUGAUUACUGCGCCUGGAUACAAAAAGCCGACUCUUGGGGCGGCGCCAUCGAGGUGUCCAUUCUGUCCAACUAUUAUGGCAUUGAGAUCGAUGUGGUGGACAUCCAAAACGCCAUAAUUAACCGCUUUGGCGAAGACAAGAACUUUGGACUCCGUGUCUUCCUACUCUUCGAUGGCAUCCACUACGAUCCACUGUACAUGGAAACGUCGCAGAGUUCUGCUCCGGCCACCAUCUUUCCGGUGGAGGAAUUGGGCGUCUAUCAGCAAGCCGAGCAGUUGGCCAACGAGGCACAAUCCUCGCGCCAGUACACCAAUGUGGAUAAGUUCACGCUGCGAUGCAUGCAGUGCGAUGUGCGGUUGGUUGGUCAAGUUCAGGCUCAGGAACAUGCCAAACAGACUGGACACCAGCGCUUUGGAGAGAUUUAAUACGUCCUGAUCUUUGGCACCGUCUACAUUGUGGCUUUCAUGCUGUUCGCCUACUACCUGCUCAUCACCUAGCCACAAUCGCCGUGCGAGGAGUCACCGCAGUAGCUAAAUUGUACUACCUCCACAUCACCGCCUGCAUAAGUUAUUGAUUAUUGAAGUCAGCCGUCAAAUUCAUAGUCCCUUUUAAUCCUUUUCGGAACGCAAUAAAGUAUACACCUUCAUCUAAA